AUGUCUUACACCAGACCAUCGCUCAAGACUUUGAGAAUCUCCUCACCCACCUUUACUGACGAUGCACUUGAAUAUCAACUUCUAGUGGGACCACAUGCCUGUCGGCCCGGAGAAAUCCCAUCCGGCGCCCGCCUUUGGAACAUGUCUUGGGGCCUCAUCCGUUUCUUCGAGGUUUGGGACGAGUCCGGGGUCUUCGAACUGGCCAGCAGGAGGAUGUUUGAGGAAGAGGAAGAGGAUGGUCCUUAUGACGAGUUCGACUACGAAGACGACGACGACGACGACGACGACGAGUACCUUGGGGAAUUUAUCCCGAAGGAACGCCCGCAGUACUCAUACCACUACGACUCGACGCCCGAGCGCACUCCCUCACCCUCCUACUCGCCGUAUUCCCCCCGCGCCAUGAACUCGUUCGAGCCACCAUUCGUCGUGGCCAAGCACCAGUGGCCAGUCGUCUUUGGGAAUGGUGAACCCGUGCUCUCGCGCUGGCUCCUGUCCUUUGAAUUGACAGCUACACUCUUGCAGGAGAAGGCGUCCGAACUCGCCUCCUACUACUAA